AUGAAAAACCCUCCAAUUAAAUCGUAUCAUAAAGUCGUUGAAGCUUACGUAUCUCCAGAUUGGUUUCAUCAUGAGAACAAGAUUAGCGAUAUUGGUGUUGUAAAGAUUCAAGGUGAGUUCAUGUCCAAUAACCAUCCAUGGAUAAAACCACUACGUUUGCCUGACUUAAAUUCAAAUUACGCUGGCGAAACAGCUGCAGUAACAGGUAGAGGUCAAAACACGUUGGGAGUCGAUGCUAAUGGGACCCUAACAAAAAAGACAGGUGCGUGGGACUUUAAGCUGCGCGCUACUGUAUACAAAAUUUUAAGCGAUACGACAGCCAGUAGGGUACCAGGUGACAGUGGAGGACCACUCGUUGUCGAUGACAACAUUUUAGUUGGAGUAUUAUCAGGAGGUUUCAACUAUCAACCAGGUGUUCCGAACAUUGCUUAUUUCGUUAAAGUCUCACAUUACGUCGAAUUUCUACAAAAAAUUAUAGAUGGUACUUAUGAUCGUAACUCUGUUGUAACAAAACUCUACCUCUGA